AUGAAAGAGAAAAAUUCAACAAAUCAAGGUGAAGAAUUUUAUAAUACAUCUGGUGAAGUAAUACUUCAUUCUAACACUCAACCAGGUGUCAAGGAGAAAGAUCUUCAUUCUGCUAUAGUUCAUUUUCUUGAUGGAACAAAAUCAACAUAUUUUUUACAUAAAAAUUCAGAAGGAAUUGUUUUACUUGAUUUAGUUUCAAAAAGUUUAAAUUUAAUUGAAAGAGACUACUUUGCUCUUAGUUAUCUUGAUAAUGGAAUAAAAUAUUGGAUAUAUAAUGAUAAGAAAAUUAGUAAAAAAGUAAAAGGAGAAUGGGAAUUUAAAUUUGAAGUUAAAUUUUUCCCUCCAGAUCCAGAUAUGUUAAAUGAUGAUGUUGCAAGAUAUCUUUUAUUUUUACAAAUACGUGAAGAUGUCUACAAAGGAUCUAUUCCUUUAUCUAUGCCUUUCGCAGCUUCUUUGGCUGGUUUUGUUAUGCAAUCAUUACAUGGCGAUUUUGUUGAUUCUCCUAAUUAUGGAGAAAAAAUUGAUAAAGCACUCAUUUUACCUAAUACAAUUACAUCAGAAUUUGUUGAUAAAGUUAAGGAAGCUCAUCAACAACAAAAAGGAUUAACACCAUCAGACAUGGAACGAUGUUAUUUAGAAUUAGCUAAACAAUUAAGUUUAUAUGGUGUUGUUAUGUUUCCAUUAAAAGAAUUAAAAGACAAACCAACUCAUGUUGGUGUUUCUGCUUCAUCAGUUAACAUUUAUAGAAAUCAAGUUAGGGAACAUCGUUUUAUUUGGCAAGAUAUUAUAAAAGUUGCAUAUAGAAGAAAUAAUUUUGAAGUAAAAGUUAAACCAGGUGUAUUGAAAGAAAAAAAAGAAGCUCUUUGGCAUGGUAAGACAGAUGAUUAUAAAAGUGCUAAAAGAAUAUGGAAAUGUUGUGUGGAAUAUCAUACAUUUUUCAGGCUUAUUCAAGCUGAAGACGAUAAAAAAGGUUUCUUCAAAUUUGGUUCUAAACGUUUUAGUUACAAAGGAAGGACACAAUUUCAAAGUAAAAUUAAUGCUUCAAUUCAUAAUAAUGGUGAUGAAGUACAAUCAAAAGAUAGUCAACAUUUAAAUGAUGCAUCAACAUUGUCAGAAGUUAAUACAAGUGAAUUUAUAAAUAGUCCUGGUAAAAGUUAUACAAUUAGUGAAACAACUCCUAAGAAAAAAACAAGAAAAUCUUCAACAUCUACUUCCUCUUCUGAUUCAGAUGAUGCUGUUAUUGUUGACAAGCGCCAUAUUAAUUCUCCAUCAAAAAUUCCUAAUAAUAUUUCAUGUUAUGAAGAAAAAGAAUAUCCUUUAGAAAAGAAAAAUGAUUUACCAUUUAUACCUGUAGAAAAGGUAAAUGAUUCUUUAAAUGAUGAAAGGACUACUAAACAUUCAAGUAAUUGUAAUAAUACAAUUCCUGUUGUUGAGAUUACUGAAAAUCAGUCUACUAAUAAAUUUGUACCAACAACUCAUGUCUCAACAUGGAAAGAAGUUGAAGAUGGUCCAGAAACUGUUACUGAGGAUUACGAUGAAGAUGGUAAUAAAAUAAUGACGAUAACUAAAAGGCAACAUGUCAAAACAGUUGUACAGAAAGAAAUUUAUAAAACUGUUGAAGUUCCAUUAAAUCAAUUGGAUGAAUACAUUGAACAACAACAUAAAGAAAAUGUUGAAAAUAUUGAUAAUGAAAUUCUUUCUAAUCAAAGUUAUACUGUAGGUAAUUGUACAGUUGACACUAUAAAGUACAAAGGAAAUCGUGAUGGUGUAUAUGGAACUCAUACUCUUCAUAAAAUUUUCUAUAAAAAUGACAGUACUAUUGAUCAUGAUGAUCUUCUUGAUAGUGCUAUACUUCAAACGACAGAGAAAAGAAAAUAA